UCAAGUACAACUAGGACACUGAAGUUCUGAUUGCUAUUGAUUUUAUAACUUACCUAACUGACCUGAGUUAUUGAUUGUGCAAAAUUGAUAUUAUACUGCAUAUCAGCAGAGAGAAACAGAAAAUGCUUCUCUAAUGCAAACAUAUUCAGAUCAGCACAAGUAAUUAUCUUUAAAAUAAGAAAAAACCUGUGAGAGAAUUUUAAAGAGUAGAAACAAAUUCUUGUUUUGAUAACAUUACAAAUAACUAAAUAAGAUGGAAACAAUUUUUUUUGACGUGAUCUCGUAUAUUAUAAUUUGUAUCAUCAUCUUUAUCUUUGUGUGUAAAUUGUAUAUGACGUACGUUACAAAGAUGUGCAGGUGCGAAACUAAAUUAACUGGAAAAAUAGCUAUUGUGACAGGUGCUAACACUGGAAUUGGGUUCCAGACGGCGAGGAAUUUGGCCAAACGACACGCCAAAGUUAUCUUAGCCUGUAGGGAUAAAACUAAGGGUACGCGUGCCGUGAACAUGAUUAGAAGAGAAACAAGGAACUCUUAUGUAUACUUUAAACAGUUGGAUCUAGAAUCAUUCACAUCUGUAACCCGAUUUGCUCAAGAAAUCUUAGACUCACUGCCAUUUGUCCAUAUUUUAAUAAACAAUGCUGGCACUGGAAUGCUUGAUCAUUCCUUGACAGAAGAUAACUUGCCCAUAGAAGUUCAAGUAAACCAUUAUAGCCCAUUCUUACUGACAUUACUUUUAUUGCCACUGUUACAGAAAGAACCUAAUAGCCGCAUUAUUAAUGUUUCAUCAGUAAUGCAUAAAAUUGGCAGGGUUGACCCAGAAAAUUUUCACAAGCAAAGGAAGACUUUUCUGGAUCGUAGGAGGGUUUAUGCUGACACAAAAUUAGCAAAUAUGUUAUUUACUUUGAAAUUAAGUGAAUUGUUAAAAGGAACCUAUGUAACUGUCAAUUGUUUGCAUCCUGGAGGAGUUUAUACAGAUUUUUUUAGGCACCAACCAUUUAUAGUUAAAUUUAUAUUGAGAUUUUGCAUGAAAACUGCCUGGGAAGGAGCACAGACUGUGAUUCAUUUGGCUGUAGCGCCUGAAUUAGCCCAUACAUCUGGGAAAUAUUUUGUGGAAUGUAAAAAAGCGUCACCUGCAAAAAGGGCCCUAGAUAAGAGUGUAGCUCAUAGGCUAUGGUUAAACUCAGAGAAAAUUGUGGAACCGUAUUUACCGGCUGACAAUUACUAAUCAAUCACUUGGCAAUAUGCCUGUGAGGUUUCCAGCAGAGCAGAACAGAACUACACUUUCCUUUUUCUGUAGGGUUUAUUUAGAACCCAAGGUUCAUUAGAGCUUGUGGAUCAUGAUGUUAUCAAGCAGAUAUAUCUCUCAAUGUUUUUAGCAUGUAAAAUAUCACACAUGUUCUGUUUAUAUUCAAGUUGCCCCUUUAAAGUCAGCAAAUGUGAAUACAAACUGAAAAUGGAAUAUGAUGUAGUCAAAAAAGAAAUCUAUAUUUUAUAUUAUUAUAAUUAUACUUUAGGCCAAAAAAGAAAUCUAUAUUUUCAAGCAAAUACAUAAUAUACAAUUGUUCUCUUUUGCAAA